GAGCAGAACCGGGUUCACACACAUGCCCAGCAGGAAUUCACUCAGACAUCUCCUCGUGCCUGCAGGCUGAGUGCCAGCACCCUCUGAUACCAACACACAGGGCCACAGGGUCACCACUCACUCCACACACACUCACCCUGUGCCCACUUACCGAGGGAGGGCCAGGAAGGAGGACACCACUGUGACUCACUGAUGGCCUCAAGACACAGGGGAGCACUGUAAAAUGCCGGAGGCGGCCCACACCCUGGGUCAUGGCUGGGGGAAGGGUUCCAGAAAGGGCAUCACAGCGAUGCAUUUCAUCAGAACCAAGCACACGCAUGCGGAGGGGCAGGCCUGCCUGAAUGUUCCAGCCCCGCUGUCCCACCCUCUGUGUCAAUAUGAGGCCGCCUUAUAAAGCACCAAGAGGCCACCAGGGGGACAUUUCUCAGCCCUGCCAGCCCCUGGAAGGAAGGUGGGUCUGAACCUGGCACCAUGACGGAACUGGAGACAGCCAUGGGCAUGAUCAUAGAUGUCUUUUCCCGCUAUUCGAGCAGCGAGGGCAGCACGCAGACCCUGACCAAGGUGGAGCUCAAGGCGCUGAUGGAGAAGGAGCUCCCCGGCUUCCUGCAGAGUGGAAGGGACAAGGAUGCUGUGGAUAAACUCCUCAGGGACCUGGAUGCCAACGGAGAUGCCCAGGUGGACUUCAGCGAGUUCAUCGUGUUCGUGGCUGCAAUCACGUCUGCCUGUCACAAGUACUUUGAAAAGGCAGGACUCAAAUGAUGCCCUGGAGAUGCAGCUUCCUGGCAGAGGCAUGGUCCCAGGCUUCCCAAAAGCAUUUGUUGGCAAUUACUCCCCUCAGCGGAGCCUGCUUGUGUCCCUCUGAUUAAUAAAUGCUCAUAAAAUGAUCCUGUUCUCA